AUGCGAAAUUUUCGCACUCUAGAAGAGUGUCGUCUGGAUGCUAAUCAGAUUAAAGAGUUGCCUAAGAAUUUCUUCCGUCUGAAGCGAAUCCGUCUUCUGACGCUGAGUGAUAAUGAGUUAACUCGUUUACCUACUGGGAUAGGAAGCUUUUCCAACCUUGUUGAACUGGAUGUUAGUAGAAAUGACAUAUCCGAGCUCCCAGCAAGUAUUCGUUUCUGUGAUUCAUUGCAGAGUUUGGAUGUGAGCAAUAAUCCUUUGCAGAGCUUGCCUGCUGGGUUUUGCCAACUGCGUAAUCUACGAGUUUUGUGUCUUAAUGAUAUUUCAAUUGGUGAACUUCCUGAAGAGAUUGGCAGUUUACAACUCCUAGAAAAGUUGGAGCUUCGGGAUAACUGUCUCAAAACAAUUCCGGAUUCAUUUGCUGAUCUUAUUCAUUUGGAGUUUCUCGAUCUUGGUGCUAAUGAAUUUCAAGAGCUGUCUCCUGUGAUUGGUCAGCUUUCACAACUAAGUGAACUGUGGGUAGAUGAUAAUGAAUUAAGAUCACUACCUGUGGAAUUAGGAAAUCUUGAAAAUUUACAACAACUGGAUUUAUCAGAAAAUUUAAUAUCUUCAUUGCCUGAAAGUAUCUCUGGACUGGUCUCCUUAUCAGAUUUGAAUUUAUCACAGAAUAGUCUAACGCAUUUACCAAAUGGUCUAGGUGAUUUGAAAAAGUUGAUAAUCUUGAAACUCAAUCAGAAUCGACUGUUAACAUUGACGCCUACUGUAGGCAAUUGCUCAAAUUUACAAGAAUUGUAUUUGACAGAGAAUUUUUUGUCUACACUUCCAUCAUCUAUUGGCGAUUUGUCUGCUAUGUUUCAUUUGAAUGUUGAUCAAAAUCAACUGAGUGAACUGCCCAUCCAGAUUGGUCAAUGUACAUCACUUAAUAUUUUGUCUCUGCGAGAGAAUAAUUUACAAAGAUUGCCAAAUGAGAUUGGUAAUUGUACACGUUUACGAGUCUUGGAUGUUUCUGGCAAUAGACUUGAUCGUUUACCAUUCAGUUUAUCAAAAUGCUCAUUGACAGCUUUAUGGCUUUCACAAAAUCAAUCUCAACCAGUGGUUACACUACAAAUGGAUGUAGAUCCUGUUACACAGGAACAAUAUCUUACGUGUUAUUUACUCCCUCAGGAACAAUUAGAUUCACGUAUUGAAACUGAUCCAACUGUGUCACCGUCUGAAUUGGCUAGUUAUUCUACAUCCUUAAAUCCUGAUAUUAAACCAAAACAUGAUCUUCUCGAUGGAAUCAAUGUAGAAGUGAAUCAUGCCUAUGAACCUGCUGAUUUGCACACUUCUACACCUCAGUCGAAUCCUUCAAGCAAUCGAAAUACAUCACCUUUGAAUUAUGAAUUAACUAAACCGUCGAGUAUUUUGCCUUCACCGACACUGAGUGCUAAUUCUACAACAAUGACAAGUGAUCCAAGUUCUUUGAAACUCAGUUCAAUGACUACUGCUAUUAGUAAUAAUAAAAAAUCACCAUAUUCUACUGCAGUAUCGACUACAUUUUCUUCAACUGUCAAUGGUAAUUUAGAUCCUACAUAUUCUUCACCGAAUCAUACAAAUAAUCUGUCUACUUCAUCGACGCAUUCCUCAUUGUCUAUGCCAACAUCUGCGUCAACUCGGGUUCAUUUCUCUGGUUCAGUGAAACCUGAUGAAUCGGAUAAAUCUGCCUCAAAAGGAUUUCCAAAAACACGUCAUCCACGUUCUGGUAAAAAGGCUACAGACAGUCAUGUUAUUGGCAGUAAAGGCGAUUUAAGCCAGCAUGGGAAUGCUAAUCUAUCACCUAAACCAGUUCGUGAUACUUCAGGCCUUGCUAGUUCUUCAGAAUCACUGGCUGAAGAUUUCAACGAUGAUAUUGUACAAGUAUCCCCUCAACCGGAACCUUCAAUUCAAGAGAGGAAAUCACCUAAAUCAAAUGAUCUUAAUUCAGAUAAUUUUGUUCAUUCAAAUAAUCUUAAUCUAAUCAGAUCAAAUGAUGUGAAUACUGUGAUAACUGUUAAUGAUGAUAAUAUCACAUCUUCUACUGGACCUACAGCUAAACCUCGAAGUAAAACUCGGAAUUCAACAGAAACAUUCGCUGUUACUCCUCCUCCAAUAUCUGUCAAUACUUCAGAAGAUCAUUUAGCUGUAAAAACUUCAACUGGUAUUAAUAGACCAAAACUUCCUGUUGAUCCAGUUAUCAAAAUUGCUACCGAAGAAGAUACUUCAGAAUGCCCAUCCCAUCGUGCUUCAGCGGAGAAAAAGUAUCAAGAUACUUUGGAUGUUCAAGGAAAUGAUGAUGAUGCGUAUAGUAGCGGUGGUGAAGAAAUUUAUGUUAUUUCUCGACGAGUUGGAUUCACAGAUGAUGUUGAAGACAAUGAAGAGAAAUCGAAUCAGAAGCUUAUUCGUCGUGAUACACCACAUUAUACAAAACGAGCUAGAAUCCAGUCAAAAACUGCUGAUGGAGUGGAUAGUGAAGAGGCAGUUUUGAAAAUCUUGGAAAAGUAUCGAGCAUCUGUUUCACCGAAUCCUGAUUCAAAUUCAACUGAAGCUGACAAAACAGGAAAACGGUUUGCAUCGCCAUAUAGUAGUUUAUGCGCUUUGGAUAUUCCUUUGCAAACUCGUGAAUUGAGUUCCCCAUCAUCUUUACACCGGCAACCUGCUCCUCUUAUGCAAGAACAAGUUGAAGUGCAUAUUCAUCGUCAGUCUGGUGCUGGUUUAGGCUUGAGUGUUGCUGGUGGAGUUGGAUCAAUACCAUUUCGUGGUUCAGAUUAUGGAAUAUUUGUUAGCCGAUUAAAUCCCACAGGACUGGCUGCUGCUUCUGGACUUAAACUCGGAGAUAAAUUGUUAGAGGUUAAUGGUGUUAAUCUUGUCAAUGUUGAACAUCAUGUGGCUGUCGCUGCUUUGCGUGCCAAUACCAACUACUUCCGUGUAAUUGUUGCUCGUGAUAUCAAUCCGUCUAAUAAAUCAGAUAGUGUUAAACUAGUUUCUUCCCCUUUGUCCAUUUCAACAACUACAACAACAACAACUGGCGGUGUCGCUUUGUCUACUAAUUCUCCGCUGAUGGGAAGUAUUAAUACGAAAAGCAUACCUGAACACAUUCACUGUACAUUGACUCGAGAUUCAAAUGGUCUUGGAUUUAGUAUUGCUGGUGGUCGAGGCUCACUUCCUCCACCGUUGGAUAAUGAAACUAUUUAUGUUAGUAAAAUAACUGAAGGCGGAGCUGCUCAAAAACAAGGUCGGAUUCAGAUUGGAGACCAAAUAAUUAGUAUAAAUGGCGUUGAUGUUAGGAAUGCUCGUCAUGAUGAAGCUAUUUCACUAUUAACUGGUUCUCAGUCUGUAGAUGUUGAACUGCUUCGUUAUACUACUAAUACUAAUACUACUACUACUGAUGACAGUGGUACUUUCAAUGGUCUCUCAAAAACAUCUAAUGGUUUUAUGACAUCACCGUCAAUACCGAGUAUCAAAAGAUCGGAUGAUUUUAAAAAUACUACAAAGUCAGGCGAUCUUGUUAAUUCAGACAGUUAUAUUUCUGGGAAGUCUGAUUCUCGAGUUUACCUUUAUAGUGAAAAAGGUAUACCUGUAGAAAAAAUCACUAUUCGUAAUGAUGGUGGACCUCUUGGCUUAGCUAUUUGCGGUGGAUCAGAUAUCAGUUGUCUUCCAUUUGGUAGUAAAGAACCAGGUAUUUUUAUAUCCAAGAUUUCUGCGGAUGGUGCUGCUGUUAAUACUGGUUUACGCAUUGGAGACAGAGUUCUUAAAGUUAAUGGAGUGGAUCUAAGACAUGCUACACACGAUGAAGCUGUUCAAGCAUUGAUACAACCUGCCAAAGAACUUCAACUUGAAGUACGCAGAGACCCACCCCCUCCCGGUUUAAGGCGUGUUACAGUGACCAAAAAACCUGGAGAACGAUAUGGAUUACGUAUUACAGGUGGACUUAACACUAAUGAUUGUAGUUUGGUCAAUUCUUUGGGAUCACGUUUCUCAUCACUUGCCAAUGAUGAUGGUAUAUUUGUAACUUGGGUUACACCAGACGGCGCGGUAGCUCGAGAUGGCCGACUGAAGCCAGGCGAUAGAUUACUAGAAAUUAACGGGCACUGGUUGAUGGGGGUUACUCUAGAUGAAGUAUUGCAACUUUUCAGAGAAGCUCAAUCAACACUGACUUGUGUUGUCUGUGAUGGUCCAGUAGAUUUCGCACUACAAAUUACUAAGACAACUAAUUCAAGAAACACGGAAACACCCUAUGCUAUGCCGGUUUCUAUAAUACGUUCUGCUAUGCCAUCAAUUCCUGACGCAUCUGUUGACGACAGUUCAACAUUGCUACCGCAAGUAGAAAUAACCAACAGUAUCCAUAAACUAAGCCUCGAACCGAUUACACGAUACUAACGGAGCAAAUAUUCAGUAGACGUUGAUUAAAUUACAAACAAGCCAUUAUACUAAUUAAUUUCAACAUAACAAUUGAUCUCCUGAAUAAUGGUUUCUCAAAGUUGGUGAUUUCGUUUCCUGUAAAGUGUUGUACAGCACCUUAGGACCCUUUUACUUCCUGUUUACUUUAGUUACGUAUGAACAGCUAUUCAUUCCCACAUAACCAGCAGCGCAAUAAGUUCUGCGCCUAUGUACUUUUUUAUGUUUGAUUUUUAAAAAAAAUUGUUUGAAGUUUGUGUAAGUUAGUUCUUUUAUUUCAAAUUUUUUUUAGAACUAAGCAUUUUUGUGCAGAGAAAACGAAGAAAACAUCAGUUAAACUCUGAUUAGGUCUAAAAAGUGUACAACUGUACAAUCGCUUACAAAAAAGUGUGCAUUAUUAAUUUUGAUUGAAGGAAACUGUAAGAAAAUAGAAUAUCAAUAGCCGAUUCAUAGAAGUUAAGAAACAUUGCAAGAUCACGAAAUUUAAACAGAGUACAAAAUGAAGAAUUAUUAAGUUAACAAGGCUUAAGAUACACAGUAUACCAAAACAUUCACCAUAAGUAUAAACAUGUUGAGCGUAAAGAAUGAGAUCCGAUAAAGCAUAUUAUCACACGUGGGAAGUAAAUAAAAGAAACCUGGGGGGUGUUUAUAAUACAUCAUCCACGAAAGACAAAUUCGGUAGAUGCUUCCGCACCUCAAUUGCGUCCAUUAGCUCCUGUAGAGACGUUUGC